AUGGAGGUAACGUAUUCGGCGACUCUAGAUGCACCCAUCUUCUCCUCUCAAACUGACCUCGCGCAGGAUAAUAGAGUUGUUAAGAGGGCAGCAGUCUUUCGGGCGCCGCCGCCGAUGUCUCCGGUGCGACCGCAGGCGCCGCCGCCGCCGCCGCCGCCGCCACCGCCGCCUCCACCGACGUCGGCGGGGUUUCUGCAGGCGGAGGCGGCGGCGAUGGCGGAGGCAGAGGCACAGGGAGCCGCCGUCUCCCGCGUCACGACGCAGUGGCGCUCGGGGGCGCACCAGCUGCAGCGGCAGCCAUGCGGCUCUGGCGAUGCCCUCGCGUGCAACGUGGCGGACCUGGAGCGUAACGGCAGAGGAGGGUCUGCGUUCCUCAGCCGCUCCACAAGUCCACCCACCAAACAACAGCCCCCGCGGCUGGCUGCCAUCCGUCAUCAGAUGAUGGCUAUUAAGAAGCUGGAAACUUCGGCCAUCGUUUUCUACAGCUUAAUUCAUGAUGGCUCCAAUCCCAGUUACUCCAUAAAACGACAGACAGCACCUUCUUUGGCUGCCCCCCUCGCCGGCUCUGCUCCGCAACACGGCCGCCGCCUUCAAGAGCACACAGCCCGCCACGUGAUUGAUUACUGCGGCGAGCGCGGCGUGCGGACAUUAAGGAGGAGCAUUAAAACGUCCGUCCAGCCGCCCCUCCGUGGCCGGAGCCAGCUUAUGCAGCGACCCCCGCGCUGCUCCGCGGCUGACCUUACCACUCACUCACUCACCCACGGCUCGCUACACGGCGCCGCCAUUCAUCCCACCUACUCGCUCCUGCACUGCUGUCUCGCCUUCAGGCCCUUCUCCUCUUCGGCGGGGCAUAUUUUCCACUAUGUAAUCGUAUAG